AUGCAUUUCCCUUUUUGCACCGGGAAGAGACGGGAAAAGGGCCGCCGCGAGGCCAAGGUCACCUCAAAGUCCCCGAUGCCCUGGACCCCCAGUUCCCAUGGUCAAUUGGAGAGUGAGCGGCUCAUCGCCGGCGAUGUCACCGCGUUCUCUGACCUUAGCACCCUCAUCACGCGAGCCGGGGUCACUUCUGCCCGCGUCCCGCACCUCAACUCCAACGGAGUGGUGGCUACGAGCGGCAAGGCCUUGGACCUUCGGAUCCCUCUUCUUCUCUAA